CUCAACGAGAAAAUCUCGAGUAAGCGGACGAUAAUCCUGGGAGGACUAGACCUCUCUGCGACUCCCUGGAGAUAGCAUCCGCCAUGAGUCAGCCACCUAUCGGGGGCGCUGCUGCUACAGCCUCGCCUCGCUUGCAUCCAGAGGGAAGCAGCCGAAGCAAGCAACAGCAGCGAGCAUCCUCUCCGGCCAGACCCAGGGAUUCUCCCGUCCGCCAGCCCUCCCCAGCUGCUAACUCUGCCCGCUCCACAGCGGCGGCUGCAGUUGCUGCCUCUAAAGCAAGCUCCGCCCGGCAGCCGCCGCCGCCGCAGCAGCAGCAGUCGCCGGGGCAGAAACCCAGCCGGGCUAAAGGGGGCGGAGGAGGAGUGGGAGGGGACAAGCCGCCCCCGCAGGCUGCGCCGCCGCUAAGGAGCGCCGUGUCACUGGGAGCUGUCCAGGCCGGGGGUGGUGCUGAAGCGCAAGUCGCCUCGCCCUUGGCACUGACCGGAGGGCUCCCGAAAAGAAACGCAGGGCCCUCGGCGGACAAGCGGGAGGCGCCGGCGAAAGACUCGACGUCCGGGGCCUGCGAGCAGCAGCCUCCGGCUGGAGGCGAGGGGGAAAGAGAAGGCUCGUCUGCGCCUCCUCAGCCGCCGCCGCCGCCUAAGAGCUGGAGCCGGGGUAAAGCGGGGAGGCCUCUGCAAAAGGGCGGGGGGGAGGCAGCCCCGGCGCCUCCAUCUUUUUGUGGCACAGGGAAGGGCCGGGCCCUGGCGGGGGGCGGCGGCGACGGCGCCUACUGGAAGGAAGGAUGCCUGCAAAGUGAGCUCAUCCAGUUCCACCUCAGGAAAGGGCUGGCGGCGGCCCAGAUGCAAAGCAAAGGCAGUAACCAGAACAACGGCGGCGCCUCGGCGGCCGAGCAGCCUCAGCGUGCCUCCCCCUCUUCCUCCAUCCCUUCUCCAAUGGCGCCCGUUGGGGCCGAAGAAGGCAAUGGCCGCAACGGAGCUCCCGAAGGCGCCUCGAGCCUGAAUCAUCGACAGCAGCAGGAGCUCCAAGAGGAGGUGGAGAAGCUGCGGGAGGAGAACGAGACCCUCAAGAAUGAAAUAGAUGAAAUGAGGACUGAGAUGGAUGAGAUGAGGGACAGCUUCUUUGAAGAAGAUGCCUGCCAGCUUCAGGAAAUGCGCCAUGAGUUGGAGAGGGCUAACAAAAAUUGCAGGAUCCUUCAAUAUCGUCUUCGUAAAGCAGAGAGAAAGAGGCUCCGCUAUGCACAAACUGGGGAGAUUGACGGAGAACUUCUGCGUAGCUUGGAACAGGACUUGAAGGUUGCAAAGGAUGUUUCAGUAAGACUUCAUCAUGAGCUGGAAAAUGUGGAAGAAAAACGUACCACUACAGAAGAUGAAAAUGAUAAGUUAAGACAGCAGCUGAUUGAAGUGGAGAUUGCUAAACAGGCUCUACAGAAUGAACUUGACAAGAUGAAAGAGCAGUCCAUGAAAAGAAGAGGAAGCAAAGACUUGCAGAAAUCAGAAAAAAAGUCACAGCAGACACCUACUGAAGAGGACAAUGAAGAUUUGAAAUGCCAGUUGCAGUUUGUCAAAGAGGAGGCUGCCCUCAUGAGGAAAAAAUUGGCUAAAAUAGACAAGGAAAAGGACAAAUUUGAGCAUGACCUUCAAAAGUAUAGAUCACUUUAUGGAGAUCUAGAUAGUCCCUUACCCAAGGGGGAAGCUGGAGGUCCACCUACCACAAGAGAAGCAGAACUUAAGCUUCGUCUGAGGUUAGUAGAAGAAGAAGCCAAUAUUCUGGGAAGGAAAAUAGUGGAACUAGAAGUAGAAAACAGAGGGCUGAAAGCAGAGCUUGAUGACUUAAGAGGAGAUGAUUUCUCAGGGACAGCCAAUCCCCUCAUGAGGGAACAGAGUGAAUCUCUGUCAGAGUUACGACAGCAUCUGCAGCUAGUAGAGGAUGAAACAGAACUGCUAAGGAGAAACUUGGCUGAUGUGGAAGAACAAAAUAAGCGGAUCACUACAGAGCUAAACAAAUACAAAUACAAAUCUGGGGCUCAUGACAGUUCGAGGCACCACGACAAUGCCAAAACAGAAGCUCUGCAGGAAGAACUCAAAGCUGCUCGCAUGCAAAUCAAUGAACUCAGUGGUAAAGUCAUGCAACUUCAGUAUGAAAACAGAGUCCUGAUGUCCAACAUGCAGCGGUAUGAUCUAGCCUCUCACUUAGGGAUCCGGGGCAGUCCCAGAGACAGUGAUGCUGAAAGUGAUGCAGGGAAAAAAGAAAGUGAUGAUGACUCCCGUCCCCCACAUCGCAAAAGAGAAGGGCCCAUUGGUGGAGAAAGUGACUCAGAGGAAGUCCGCAACAUUCGUUGCCUGACCCCCACUAGAUCAUUCUAUCCAACCCCAUCAGGGUGGCAGAAAAGUUUCACAGACCGUCAACAAAUGAAGGACAUCCGCUGUGAAGCAGAGCGUCUUGGCAAGACAAUAGACCGCCUGAUUUCUGACACAAGCACUAUAAUUGCAGAGGCAAGAAUUUAUGUGGCAAAUGGGGAUCUGUUUGGACUUAUGGAUGAUGAAGAUGAUGGCAGUAGGAUACGGGAGCAUGAACUUCUUUAUCGGAUAAAUGCCCAGAUGAAGGCAUUUAGAAAAGAACUUCAAGCCUUCAUUGACAGACUAGAGGUUCCCAAAUCUUCGGAUGAUCGAAGUGCAGAUGAACCAUUGUCAGUGAGUCAGAUAAGAAGUACAAGAGCUAUAGUUUCUGUAGUAAUCACUGCUGUAAAAACACUGAAGACUACUUGUUUGCAAGAAGGAGAACCCAAUGUUACAUGCCACACACAGAAAAAAGCAAGCAAAACCUUCUUUCAUUUAAAUGAAUCUAAAUUGUGCUCACUAAGAAUGCCAGUUAUUGCAGCCUGGAGGUGCUGACGAUGCUUGGAGAAUACAGCCCACUGCAUGCAUACCUGAUCCUUACACUUCUUGGCUUAAUACAUUUAGCCAGAGGAGAAUUACCAGUUGGGUCCGGGAGUGAUGAAUACUUCCUUGCCAGAGGUAGUGCUCACAGUUUCAAGGAAGUGAUUGUGAGGCCAAUUCUGAAGAUAUCAACCCAGAAUCAUAAACAAACUGUCUCCAAAGACUGAUGGAAAAUCUUCAAGCAAGAGGUGACUACAGCUUCAGACACUCCUGGAUGAUACUGACAAUCUUGACCUGUUUCAGUUGGGAUUUUAUUUUAGAACAGAAACUGUUCUAGUCACCCUGAUGGAUAACCUGUAUCAGGGGGAUUCACACAGUGAGCAUGAUCUUUUUGAUUCUCUUGGAUCUCUGUGGUUUUUGAUACCACCGAUAAUAGUAUUUUUCUGGACCAUUUGACAAUGGAGAUCAACCCUACUUCUCAGGCAGUUUCCAGAAAGUAGUGCUACAGCAGUAUGAUUCAGUUUCAUAGUUUUAAUGCCUGAUCUUCCCCUC